ACAGUCGAUUCACUGUUGGCUGUGGAAUCACACGCUGCACCACGGGACGUCCUUCUCCCCGCGGCUUCAAGCUCGCCUCAAUCACCCACUGUUUCCAUGUGUCCUCCAUCCUCUACUCAUCCAACCGCCUCCUCCUCACUGUUCCAGUCCUCCUUCCUCCAUCUAGCUGGAUUCCCUUCUUUCAUUUCUAAAUCACUAUCUGCUCCAGGAAAGAAUCCCGCGUAGUUUCAACUCCCUCACCCCUCUCCCCUUUUCAUCCUCCCCCUUUAUCUGUCCCAGCAUCUCCUCCUUUCCUUCCAUCGCUCCAUCAGUCUUUAUCUCCCUCCAUCAUGCUACUCCUUCGCCUCAGCUAUUUCCUACCUUACCUCCCUCUCUUCUCUCGUCCCACCCCGUCUCUCUCUCUUCUUCUUCUUGAUGCUCUCUCGUCCACACAGCCCAUCAGCAGCUACGAGCCGGACCAAGUAGGGAGAAGGAUGUUUACUCGAUGCGUUUAUCAUACAGCCUAAUGAUGUUUAAUUGCUUUGUUUGCUUAAUGAGCUUGGGGACGGGGACCGAUGCAAGGGACGUCUUUCCGACCUAUCAGCCCGAGACUGGAACUGCCAGAGGGACGGAUCGGCGUGCGGUCGAGGAGGGGCGAGUCUUUUCGGUGCAGAUCAACGCAGCAAGGAAGAGGAUGGUUUGCGUGGAUCUGGAUGAGGACAUUCUGGAAGGAGACGCAGCACAGAGUGGAACGCAGCUUCUGAUGAAGAAAGGAGGUUUUAAUUUGUGUUAGAGUAGAGAAGACAGGAGAGCAAGGGAAGGUCCCAGGUUAAAGGUCAAAUAGAGAACAAGCACAGCAGAAAUGACUCUGUAAGACCCAAGGCCACCAACGGCCCAAUCGAUUUAACUAGAGGACAAGUGCUUCUGGACGUGCUCUUGUGCACAGGAGAGCAGGUCGGUAACAGUUGUGUAGCGUUCUGCAAGGAGAUGCCAAACUAACGGCAAGUAAACGGUGUGGAAAUGGAACUUUGUUGGAUUUUCUAAGAGAAGAAGAAACAAUUGAUUAAGAGCAGUCCAGCUAAGACAGCAGAUCAGGAAACAGAGUAAUGUCUGGAGCCAUGGAGCUGCUGGAGGCGUUCUACCGCAGGAAGCUGCGGAAGAAGCAGAAGAAGGCCGAGCUGGGCCGCUCGGAAGGGGCUCUGUGUCGGUCGCCAUCGGAAGCCAGCGUCAACGGGCUGGCGACCGGCCUCAUCUCCAGAGUCCUCAGGUUUACCAGCAGACGCAGUGAGCCGGCGUCCCGUCCUCACUCGUGGCAUUCGACGAAGCUCGGUGAAGGUCAGCAGCCGCCGGAUCAGGGAGGGAUGGACACCAUGAGCAGCUCCUGGCACCACAGCUACCACGCCAGUGCCUCGACCACCGACCUGUCCGGCGGGUUUGAUUCUGGUGGCAACUACCUGAGGAAGAGUCCGGACCAGUACAGCUCCAGGGGCAGCAUGGAGAGCCUGGACCCCCCCCAGUCCUCGCAGCUUCACUCCGGAGCUCAACAUCACCACCCACUGGGCAACCACACGCACAGCGGACCCCACCCCGCCUACUCCUCUUGCCACCAGCUGUCCUCUGGCAGGUCCUCCAACAGCAUGGACCACCUCCACAGCAAGCGGGACUCUGCCUACUCCUCGUUCUCCACGAGCUCCAGCAUCCCCGAGUACCUAACCUCCAACCCCUCCUUCAGCCCGGAGCGCUCCUAUUCGCUGGAGACCGUCCCUCAGAGGGGAGGAGGCGCUGGAGAGAUGCAGGCGGCCGAUGCGUGUUACGGCCGGACGGGGUACGAUGCCCAGCACGAGCUGAGCUCCGCCUCCGGCGCCUUGCCGCACAGCAGCGAUCCCAGAGGCGGGGGGUCGGAUCGGCCAGGGCCGGGCCGAGAUGUGCAAGGUUCAGUGGGCGGGGUCUGUUACCGUGGAAGUGGCGGCGGCGGCGCCCCGGUAUCAAACAGACACAGCGUGGGUCCCAUCUGGGGCCUACCAGCCAGCCGCAGCUCCUACGAAAGCCUGAAGGGGGCGCCCGCUCCACCGAGGCGCAGCGACAGCUACACAGCCAUCAGGAACCACGACAGACCAAACUCCUGGUCCAGUCUGGAUCACGCACGAUCACUGCGGUCUCUGCAGAAAGGCUCCUGGCAUCACUCCAGUGGCCCUGUGGCCUCGAAUGCAGCUAAAGGCUCGUACGGCGCCGAGGGGCAGCUCCACACGGUGAUAGAGAAGAGUCCAGAGAGCAGCCCCACCACAAAGCCUCGCCAGGGGGGAGGCGUUCCCCAGCCCUCCUCCCCUACUGGACCGUGCUCCGGACCACCCGACAGUGGCCCCCAUUCUGGCCGGCUCAUUCUGCCCGCGGGCGUGAACCCCGUCCCACGCCUGGAGCCCCACUAUGCACAGGUGGCCGGCGCCCGCCAGGGGCCAAGCUCCUCGGCAGCGCACCGAGCUCCGGCCGACGGAGGGAGAGAGGAAGGAGCCGCGGAGAGGCGGAGGGAUGGAAGGAUGCCAGCUGAUGAAAACGGCUACCAAGACAACAUCUCACUACACCCCUGUUCCGCCUCUACGCAGCUCAGGCCUCCAGGCCUCCAGGCUGACAGGCGACAACAGGAAGAGUGUGUGAACAUGAAAACAGCUGGAGAGGAAUCCAAGGACCACACAGGGACCCAAAGGCUUCCGAGCCACCAGGGACCUCACGGUCACAGCUUCCAAGGGCCCCAUAUGCACACAAGCCAGAGAACCAACAGCCAUGUGUUCCAGGAACAGAAAGAGGAUCCACAUGUUGCCCACAUCCCGUCGACCGCUGAAUGCCGGCCGCUCUCCUCGCGGCGGGCGGAGACCUGCACGCCGCUACAGGCCAGAGGAGACAACAGCAGAUCAACGGAGCAGGCCAGCGACUAUUCAGAGCCCAUGGCAUCAUCCAGGCUCCCCCAGGGGCAGGUUAGCCAGUCCUACCCUCAGCCUCCGGCUCUGCAUCCCUCUGCCUGCCAUCCUCAUCCCCGUCACUCUAGUGACUCGGCAGCUCCGCAGAACCCGCACUGGGACCACCGAGAGUGGGAGAAGGACAGAGACCACCCACUGACUCGUCUGGAGAUCGCCCUUGCUGAGGUUCAGCGAUGCGCUAGCCCCAACAGUGUCAUUUCUUCCAGUAGCCACGACAACGGCGGCGCCGGCGGCCAGGGGCCCGUCCGCAGCCUCUCCGUCCUGGAGAAGGUCAGUUGUUUCGAGCGUCGGGAGCGCAGCGGGAAGCAGCGCAGUCACAGCGCCGCCAAGGCCCCAGACAACAUCGAGAAAAGCCGCAACUCCCCUUGUGGAGCAGAUGACCUGAGAAACAUGCUGGAGAGAAGCAAUAGCAGAACUAAAGCCCACAGGACCAUGAGCUACCGAGGAGGCAACAGCGAACACAUGAAAUACAAGAACCCAGCGGAUCCCAUUGCAGCUCUCCGGAGGAGCAUCAGCACCUUCAAUCUUGAUGAAUCCAGCGAAAGUGAAAGCAGGAAAGACUUUCCCCGGAUACAGGACGUCCAAGAGAUGUUUGGCUCCAUGCAGGACACGUCCCUCAACAGGUCAGAGUCCUCUAAGAGAUCUUACAGGGACUCCUUGAAAGACGCCCAGACCAAGGUCCUGCGGUCCACCUCCUUCAGAAGGAAAGACCUCAGUUCCUCCAUCAGCCCUACACCUCCUGGUUCCCCUACUCCUUUCUCCUCCUCCAGCAGCCACCAGGCUCCACCUGUCACAUCCAAGCACCAUUCCCUGGAGAAAAUAGGCCCCAAAACCAUGCCCAAACCACAGGGCGUUGUUAUCCCGCCGCCGGUCACUUCCCUUCACACUCCCAAGGAGCGCCACGUGGUCAGCCAGGAGGCCAGAGGCCCGAGCCCGCCAGCCCUUCCCACUGUCCCGCCAGUCGGACCUCCAGCCCUCACCAGGAUCUGCGGCCGCAGGCGUCUAACAGUGGACCAGAAGAAGCGAUCUUACUCUGAGCCUGAGAACAUGAACGAGGUCGGAGUUACAGAUGCAGAGACCGCUGCCCUCUUCAGGCGUGGAGGAGAGACCAGCGUGGCAGACCGGCGGAAGAUGUUUGAGCUUGUGGCGAGUCGGUUCGGAGGCGGCGCGCUGCAAAAUGCAACGUCAAGGCCCGACCUGCGACAGCUUCAACAAGAUGCCCUGGCUGAAUACGUGGAGAGGAAGAGAAGCGUGAAAAAGAGAGAGAAGGCAGGACAGAGGAGUGGACUGAGGCCCCAUAGUGCUUAUCUACAGGCUGAAGACAGCAGCUACACAGACACCAUAAGCCUUUCCUCCGCCUCCAGCUUGAUGUCCCUGCAGGACUCCGGUGCAGAUCGAAUCUUCUCCUCCGGGGAGAGGCGUCUCUGCUCCACCCUCCCUCCUGGAGCCGACCAGCGCAGCCUCAUGUCCAACGUCUUCUACCCGGGCAGGGUGGCCAUUCCCAGGGCUCCAGAGCACCUUUCUUCUGGUGCUCCUGAGCCCAAGGCCCAGAUCCUCCAAGAUAUCAAAGCUGAAGCAGGGGUUGGCAGAGCCCCGGGUCCGGACCCCCCACAGCGGGCUGCAGAGCCUCAGCUCAAGCCGGACCUCUUUUUGUGGCGGGCCGGGUCUCCUCGGGGCUCCGGGCCUCCUCGGGGCUCCGGGCUGUCGGCCUCUGCAGAGGAUCUCCUGGAGAGAUUUGUCAAGAAAGGAAUGACUCCUCAACACCAGCGCUCCCGUUCCUCCCCCACAGUAGAGACCCUGAGCCAGGACUUCCCCGCAGGCGACGUCUUCGUCUCUGAACCCGGGCGCCGCUCCGUGGACAGACCUGAAGAUGGUGGCCUCUUCCCUCCACGAUACUCCCAAAGCAGUGUGGACCCCGUCCAGCCUGCAGGACCCUCACAAGUCCCAACGUUCUCCCCCCGGACCCUUCCUUCGGUUCCGAUCCCAGACGCUGGCCCCUCCCACACACCCGUCCCUCUUCGUCAGCGAGUGAGGAACAGCGAGCGCCCGCGGACCCACAGCACUUCCACCUUGGCGGCCUCCGUCGGCCUGCCGUGCCCCCUCUCCCCCCCCGGGAGUCAGGACAGAGGCGGCGCUGGGUGGCAUACUCCCGAGAGGCUGAGCCAGGCCGACCUGGACGCCAUCACCUUCCCAGGCACCCCGCAAACCGCCACAGGCGAUGGUGAUGGUUGUAACACCACCAGCUUCGAGGAAGGUCUGGAGACGAACACAGAGACAGGACACAGUUUGAGUGACGCCGGCGUACUAGAAGACCUGUGGACAGGCCGAACCUUAAGUCUGGAGCAGAUUGAAGGGUAUUCUGGGGGAAACGGUAGACGCAUUUUGCCAACACCAAACAGGAAGGAGAGCAGGAGCACGUCAUCGUCGUCUCCCCCAUCCUCCCAGCCGUCCACUUCCCACCACCUGUCGUCUCUGCGGAUCUCCGAGUCGAGUUUCUUCGGCCCCGCUGACCAGCAGCAGCCACAGGAAUCCUCCACCGGCCUCUCGCAGGAGGACUGCGAUGAGGUCUUCCUCCAAAACCCUCCGUCACUUCCUCUGCCAAUCAAAGAGACAAACGUCUUGGAGGACUUCUCUCCUCCUCCUCCUCUUGGAUUGGACCAGGAAGCUGCUGUGGGAAGCAUGGAGAUCUUAAACACCUCCACCACUGCCAACAGGAAAUCAUCUCUCCACUCCCCUCCGACAUCUCCUUCCUCCUAUGUCCAUCCUUCGCGUGUGCCUGUCCUCCUUCCUUCAGUGAAGUCGCCACUCUCCACCGUCACCGCAUCUACCACGAGCGGUGACCUGGGUCUUGAGUACCAGCCUCUACCCACCAGGGAACCGACACCUGAGGAGCUGCGCGUGGAGACGCUGGCCCGGCAGCUGGUGAUGCAGGACAGUUCUCUGGUGCCCCUCCUGGAAACCUUGGGAAGUAAGUCCACUGUUGAGCUCAUGGAAGAGAUCUUUCCAAACAGCAGAUUGGUUGGACAAUCACCACGGCAGCAUAAGGGCAGUAGCCAAUUGGAUUGCAGGAUCCCAGAUGGUGUCUGUGGUUCUGGUCAGAGCACAGCGGCGGGUCGGGGGAAAGAGACCAAUCUGGACGAGGAAGAGAAAGACCUCAGCACCAGGAAGCUGGAGCUGUGUGAGGCCCUGAGGAGCAGCAUGGAGGCUCUGCGGCGGGAGAAGGAGGCGCUGUGCGAGGAGCACCGAUGCCACCAGGCGCUGGGGGCAAACGUCGACGCCCUGGUGCAGGAACGCCUGAAAGCCAACGAGAGGGACAAGUACAGCGUGUUCAUCGGAGAUCUGGAGAGGAUCGUGAACCUGCUGCUGUCGCUGUGCAGCCGGCUGUCGAGGAUCGACAGGUCGCUGCUGGCUCUGGAGAGAGGGGAGCAGGAGGACACGGCGGGCGAGAAGGAGUCCCUCCGUCACAAACGCUCUCUGCUCCUCGGACAAACCGAAGACGCCCGAGAGCUCAAGGAGAACCUGGACCGGCGGCAACGUGUCGUCCACGCCAUCCUGUCUCGCCACCUCGCCGAGGCGCAGCUCCAAGACUACCGGCACUUGGUCAGCAGCAAACCCUCCCUGAUGAUCCGCCAGCGGCGCGUGGAUGACCUCAUGCGGCGGGCGGAGGAGCAGCUGGCGCGUCUGGCCGAGGGUCCGACGCAGGAGCUAGCGGAGGCUCGCGUUUGGGCCGGAGGGAACCCCUUCUCCUCGCCGAGCUCCGCCCAAUGCCCUCCGCCUUUACUGCCCUCCGUGGUUCCAGGCCCCGCCUACUCAGCCAAGACCACCACCGUGACGUCGCUGUGAUGUCACAGACGUGCCGUGAUGGGCGGGAGAGACCAGACCAUUGGCUCCCUGAGCUGAAGGAGCUUCACAUGAGGAGCCUGACUUCACACAACAUGCACACGACUUCCCAUGAUCCUCUGCUCUCACGGGCCUCCGAACAACUUAAAAAACGCAAUUUGUUUCUUUCAAUAGCUGAAUGUCCCUCCCAGUAAAAACUAAAGUGACAAUUUAAAGCUGUGAAUGUAAAUGUCAGCUUGAAUUUAUCCUCCAUCUUCCAGAUAGCUUGGAAAGCCAGAGGACCCCCGAGGCUUUAAUCGGCCUUAUUAUUACCAGACAGCAGCUCCAAUUAGAAUUAAAAGGAUCAGAAAUGUCAGCAACCCUGACGCAACAUUCAGACGUUCGCUCAGAAACUCUGUAUUCUCAUGACAAGACGAAGGGAGCAGCUGUUUUAAAAUACCACGCUGUCUUUAGAAUAAGGCGUUAAACUUCGGAGGGACAUUAUCGUUUAAUUCACGGCCGCAAAGUGAGCGUGUGGACGGUGAAGCUGGAACACGUCACAUGACACUGUAACACUACUACUGUUUGUCUGCAGCUCGUAGCUGUUUGCUGCAUUACACUGAAGCAUCGACACACUUCUACUUCUUUAGGGAAGAAACAUUUCAACUUCAAACGCCUUUAGAUUCCAAAGAGUUUUCACAGGACAUUUUGUUUGCUACUUGGUUUUGAUUUUAAAUUAAGUUUUGUUUGUUCCAAAAGCAAACAACACUUUCUUCCCUUUGCUCAAAGUUUAUUUCAAUCUACAACCUUUACUGAUGAAUAUAAUCUCAGUCCGUUUCUGAUUAGCAAUAAUAACAUAUUUGUUGCAUAUACUGCACCAAAAAAUAUUUAAUUUAUUAUGACAUGAAAGUCAGAACAACUUAAGACAGAGAAGCAAUGACAGGCUGACAGAUGAGCUGUCAAUCAUUGUGUUCAUUAAAGUGACUAGUGGUGGUGUUGCGGUUAAACCGGUUAAAGUCUUUCAGGUCCCAAUAAUAAACGUUACAAGCUUUCUCGCACUUUUUUCUGAUCACAUUUCAAUUUGGUUUCAUUUGUCCUCCUUGUGAUAAAGAAACACUGGUGCCUUGUGCUGCACUUCCAUAAAGAAUAAUAACGACUCAUAUCAAAGAAGUGGAGGCAGACUUUUUGUUACUAGCAUGAGUCACGGCCCACCGGAUCCCACGGUUGCUGCAAUGCAACUCGAUAGAAUAUUUGAUACGACCAAAUAAACGUUCUGGACGUUUACCAGUUUGUAACAAAGGCUCUGUGCGCUGGGUUCACGUCCCAGAGCCAAUCAGAGCCUGAUGACAUCGCCGGGGUUGUUUUGCCAGGCUUGUCCUCCCGACAUCGUACAACUUCACCCCCUUUAGUUUACUAAACGAUCCACCACAUGGAGGAAUCACUGUUUUAUAUGAAAAGGAUCAAAGGUGCAACCAACAAGGAAACGCAUAAUGAUGAAAUAGUAAUGAACUAUAAUGUUCCAUCACAAUCAAGUUAUUUUGAAAUACAGAAACACUUUGUCCCUCAGGAGAGCACCAAUAUUUAUUGUUUAACAGCGGCAGCAGUGAGAAAACACGAGGGUUUAUCACGUAGUUUAGAUCUGUUUUCAUUCUUCAUUUCACUGUUUUAACCUUCUGAAUGUUCUCAGUGUGUCCGGACGGCGUGAAGUCCACAAAGGCACCACAGAAUAUCAAGACAUUUUAUCAUUGGAUGAAAUUCAAUGUUCGCUUUAUGAAAGAAGGACAAUUAAAUUACAAAAAGCACCGUUUUUGUUUUACAAAAUAAAUGUAUUUUGUAAAUUAA